AGUAUCUUCUCAAUAGGCGAGAUAAUCGCAAGUAGAAUUGUAGAAGAACGCUGAGUAAAGGGUUUAAGCGCUAAAACCUCUCAACGAAAGCUCCAAUGGCGUCGUCUGGCAGAUUCGCCGCCAUAAUCGGUAGGAGGUCUCUGCGCAUUCGCCCUAAUUCAAGCCCCAAAUCAUUCGACUCAAAUCACAUAUCCGUCCCCGCAUUCUCUUCUUCGACCAACCAAUUCACUGGUGCUGCUUCAAGGUUUGCUCCAGUGUUGAGAAGCUUGGUGACAAUGCUGCCGCUCCAUAGCACGAUUGCAGCUGCUCGAUUGAAGUCUAAUAUCGCCAUUGAUACAACCUGCUGGAGUUGGCUUUCUCAAGGUUGGGUUUAUCUAUUUGUAGUGCAUCUCUCAACUGGUUAAUUGUGUUAGAAUAAACUUUAACUGGUAAAGUUUGAUCGAUUUAGUUUUUCAUAUUGUUGAUUUAGUAUAGCUGCUGUCACUGUUGUUUGGAAGUUGAUUCAUGUUACAGUGUGCUACUUUGUCUGAUAGUUUUGUUAAACGUAAAUAGGUUCUUGUAUUGCUUAGACAGUAGAAUGAAUUGUGUCGACUUCAAUGGAAGUAAACUGAACAAUUGUUUUAUGUAAGUUGAAUUAUAAUCUCAAAUUCCAUAUGACUUCAGUGGAAAUAAAUUGAGCAGUUAAUACU